AUGAGAGACGACUGUUGCCAGUUCCUUUCCGGUGUUGGACAUGGCGUCGUCGAUCGACACCUGCACUUCUUGCUUGGCAUCAGAGAUCUCCUGUGCGAGUGCGUCGCCGACGGUCUGGACCUGUCUCCGCGACGCUUUCGCGCGGAGGGUCUGCGCAAGGCUCUCGUGGGAAGCCUUCAGCGUGUCUUCCAGACUGAGAGUCUUGACAUGCGACAUCAUGGACGUCAUUGCCUCGUCUGUCCGCUUCUGCCCUGCGGUAAAGGGCUGCAUCAAGUGUUCGGUCAUUUUUUUGACCGAUUGGCCCGCCGCCGUGGCAUAGGCUUCCCGUCUCGCGACCUGCUUCUCGCGCUCGUCAAUCUUGACCGAGGACUUGCGGAGGUCGUCGAUGACGGCCUCCAGGUCUGCCAGUUUCUGUUCGAAAACAGCCGGGCCGCUGGCAUCGCCGCGCAGCCCCGAAAUCACCUCGGCGGCAUCUUGCAGAAGCCCGCUCACGCUUUCCGUUCCAUCCUUUUCAGGUUCCAUUGUCGCUGUUCGCUGUUGCGAUCUUGGUUGCGAUGGUGGUGAUGUAAUUUCUACAAGGAGGGAAAGUAGGAGGGGGACGCUUGGGCAGGUCCUGACGCGGCAAGAGCAUCGGCUUCUGUUGGAAGGUACUCGCCUUAGGCUCGUCACACUUCAAUGGAAGGAGCCUUCAACAGAGGCAUAGGCGACUACAUCUACAAGAAGCAGCCGGCCUUUGCUACGUAAUUAGAUGCAGAGACUCACUAACAUAGAAGCUUCAUUGACCUUAGAUGCAUAACUAGAGACGUUAGUAGGUAUAACGUAAGGGGAAUUAAC